GCUGGCCGGCUUUGGCAGUAUUCUUCACUCGAACCCACUCGUUCAAGCCUUCUCCCAAACAACAUGUUCGCCAACAUCAAGUACACCGCCGUCCUGGCUCUCGCUACCCUUGCUGCCGCCGCGCCUAACGGCCUCGAGUCACGCACCAACCCGCCCCCAUCCGACUCCCCCCAAUGCUGCAACAGCGUUGUCUCUUCGACCACCAGCAUUGCCUCGGCUAUCCUUGGUCUCUUGGGCAUCGACCUCGGAGGACUCAACGUCCCCGUCGGUCUCAGCUGCUCCCCCAUCACCGUCAUCGGCAACAACUGCGGCGGCACCACCGUCACUUGCCAAGCUCCCCAACAGCAAUGGGGCGGCCUCAUUGCCAUCAACUGCAUUCCUAUCACCCUUUGA